AUGCAACCAUUGUGCCAUCAUGAUGACAGCUUUGCCUUGUUGCAAUUCAAGCAAAGCUUUAUCAUCAACAAUUCUGCAUCUUUCUUUGCUUCAACUUGUCAAAAGGUUGCGUCUUGGACAUUAGAAGGAAACAAAGGUGAUUGUUGCUCGUGGGAUGGGGUAGAGUGCGAUGAGGGCACAGGUCAUGUAAUUGGCCUCGACCUCAGUAACAGCUGUCUAUUUGGUUCUAUUCACUCCACCAGUAGCCUUUUCCGCCUUGUUCACCUCCAAAGGCUUAACCUUGCCUACAAUCACUUUAACUACUCACACAUCCCAUUCCAAGUACGUGAUCUUUCAAGACUAACACAUCUCGAUCUCUCUUACUCUAUGAUUUCUGGUCAAAUCCCUUUGGAAAUUUCUCAAUUGUCGCACUUGUCAUCCCUUGAUUUGUCUUAUAACUAUGAUUUGGAACUCAAAAGGCCCAACCUAAGAAGCCUACUUCGAAAUUUGACCUGCCUACAAAUGCUUGAUUUGAGUGGGGUGAAUAUUAGCUCUACGGUGCCUAAUAUUUUGACAAAUUUGUCAUCCUUAAAGUCCCUCUCUCUUGGUGAUUGUGGUUUGCACGGGGAAUUUCCAGUAGGCAUCUUCAAGCUAUCAAAUUUACGAUUUCUUUCUGUAGGUGGCAAUUAUGGCCUCACCAGCUAUUUGUCUGGCUUUACAUGGAGUAGUCGGCUUGAGACAUUGGAUCUCUCAGAAACGAGUUUCUCAGGUAAGCUACCCGCUUCCAUGGGAAACCUUAGCUUCCUGAUUGAGUUGAAAAUGAGAGGUUGCAAUAUCUUGGGGUCCAUUCCAUCUUCACUUGGUAACCUCACUAAACUCACUUAUCUUGACCUUUCACUAAACUCUUUUGUGGGUAAAAUCCCGCCUUCACUUGGAAACCUUCUUCAACUCGGUUUUUUAGAAAUUUCCAACAAUCAAUUGACUGGUCCUAUCCCUUUUGAGCUUCUAAACAUGCCACAACUGUUGGGCAUUUAUUUGUCUGAUAAUCUUUUGAGUGGUGAAAUGCAUUUCGAGCUUAUAAACGAGACACAGUUGAUCGCCCUUGACCUGAGCAACAAUCGGUUAACUGGUCCAAUUACUUUUGUGACUACAAACCUCACACAAUUACUUUUCUUGGACCUUGCAGCCAACAAGCUUCAUGGUCAAAUUUCAAACUCAAUCUUCAACCUCAAGAAUCUUGAAGCUCUUGAUCUUUCUGAGAACUACCUUAACGGCAUUGUGCAGUUUGAUGAGUUUGUUAAGCUCAAUUAUUUUACUUCAUUGGAUAUUUCUGGUAAUGAAUUGUUGUUACUUACUAAAGAAACUGAUGCCAAUGCAACUCGUCAAAAUUUUGUUGCUUUAGGAUUUUCUUCGUGCAACUUGAGCGUGUUUCCGAAUUUCCUAAGAAACCAACAUGAAUUGGAGUAUUUAAACAUGUCCAACAACAUGAUUCAUGGACAAGUCCCGGAAUGGAUGUGGAACACAAGUACUAAAAGUCUACAAUAUCUUGAUCUUUCUAACAACUUUCUCAUAGGCUUUGGUCAACAUUCAUUUUUUCUUCCAUGGACUUCUCUAUAUUUUCUUGAUCUCAGUUCCAAUUUGCUCCAAGGAUCGCUUCCUAUUCCACCAGUUUCCACCAAGUUUUUUCAGAUUUCAAACAACUCAUUGAUUGGAAAUAUACCAGAAUUGUUUUGCAAUCUAACUUCUCUUGAAGUUCUUGAUUUGGCUAAUAACAACUUAGUUGGCUCACUUCCUCGAUGCCUGGACAGCUUUUGUGCUUAUUUAUCGAUACUUGACCUGCGAUUGAACAAAUUUCAAGGAAGCAUUCCAGAAAGUUGGAUAAAAGGAGGCAACUUGGUGAUGAUAAAUUUCAGUCAAAACAAAUUCCAAGGGCAUUUACCGAGAUCGCUGGCCAAGUGCACAAUGCUAAAGGUCCUUGAUCUUCGUGAUAACCAAUUCAUUGAUAUAUUUCCAUUUUGGUUGGGACAUCUUCCAAAUUUAGAGGUCCUCAUUUUACGGUCAAACAAAUUCAACGGUCCAGUUGGGACCCCUCAAACUUAUUUGAAGUUCCCCAGCAUGCGAAUCCUUGACAUCUCCUACAAUGAUUUUACAGGAAAGCUGCCAUUAAGACUUUUUGAAAAUUGGAAGGCCAGAAAUUUUGAGAAUGUGCAUCCCUUCACAUAUAUUCAUGAAAAUUCUUACUUCGUAAUACAAAAAGGUUUUGUUCGACGUGUGGAUUUUCCUCACCCUUAUACUUACUCUAUGAUGAUGACAAACAAAGGCAGGAAUGUUUUCUACGAGAAGGUUCAAGAAUUAUUCACGGCCAUUGAUUUCUCUAGCAACAAAUUUGUCGGUGAGAUCCCAGAAUCUAUUGAAAAUUUAAAUGGAGCUCAGUUGCUCAAUCUUUCUAAUAAUAAUCUCACCGGUCACAUCCCGUUGUCCUUAGGAAAACUUACAGAGUUGGAAGCAUUGGACCUUUCUCAAAACAAAUUGUUAGGGGAGAUUCCACAGCAGCUAACAGAACUUACUUUCUUAGGAUUCUUCAAUGUUUCUCAUAAUAAUCUCACAGGACCUAUACCACAAGGGAAACAAUUUGAUACAUUUGAAAACACUUCAUUUGAGGGGAAUCCAGGAUUGUGUGGGAGACCAUUGACAAGGAAAUGUGGGAAUUAUAAUGAGCCGUCCUCUCAACCUUCAAUCUUUGAAGAAAGUCAAGACUCUGGAUCGUUAUUUGAAUUUGGUUGGAAAAUAGUUGUAAUUGGAUAUGGAUGUGGAUUUGUUGUUGGAGUACUAAUCGGGCCCAUUGUGAUCGUAAGGAAGCACGAUUGGUUAAUGAAGACCUUCCGAAUAAGGCCACCGAGUAGGAGGAGACGUUGAAAUGAAAUAAAACAGUCUGGACAAGAUACCUUCCCAAAGCAAUGUAUGUAUUGUUAUAGUCGUUUUUCUACUUUUAAUCUUAGUUUUGUAUGUGUGAUGUGUUCCCUCCCUUUUUCUUUAUUGUU